AUGAGGGACGGGCAUGCGGGGCUGCACCCACGCCGCGCUCAGGUAGAGCCCGCGCGGCUCCUCCGCCUCCUGUCCUGCGUGCUCCUGCUGUGCGGCGCCGAGGUCGCGGCUCUCGCCGACUUCUCAGGUUACCUCACGAAGCUGCUGCAGAACCACACGGCGCAGGCCUGCGACGGGCAGCACCUGAGCCUGCACUGCCCUCGGCACUCCACCAUCAGCGUGCAGUCAGCCUUCUACGGGCAGGACCCCCGCGUGUGCAGGGCUGGGCAGCCCGGAGCCAGCAUGGCAGAGCCCAGGGACUGCGUGGCACCCACCUCUCUGCAGAAAGUACUGGAUGAAUGCCAAAACCUGAGAUCCUGCCAGCUCCUUGUCAAUAGUCGGGUUUUUGGGCCUGAUCUGUGUCCAGGGACCACUAAAUUCCUCCUUGUCUCCUUUAAAUGCAAACCUACUGAAUACAAAACCAAAUCAGCAUGUGAGAACCAGGAACUGAAGCUCCACUGUCAGGAAUCCAAGUUCCUGAUCAUCUACUCGGCCACCUAUGGCAGAUGGGCACACGAGGAGAGCGUCUGCUCAACCCAGGCGGAGCACUCACCCCCCUUUGACUGUUUGUCUUACACAGCGCUGGAAGUGUUAUCAAAAAGGUGCUAUGGGAAGCAGAGAUGCAAAGUCAUUGUCACCAGCCGGGAUUUUGGGAGCCCGUGCCUGCCUGGAGUGACAAAAUCCCUGAAUGUCAGCUACGCAUGUGUUCCCAAAUUCAUCCUGACAGCAGUCAACCCCCUGGUCCCUGAUAACAAGUCUUCCAUCAACCAGAACGAUGGUGUUGACCUUGAUCCAAGGGAAUCGAGACUCCCAAAGAAAGAUGGGACUGUUGUUAGCUCCAACUACUUGGCUACAUUUGCAUAUAUUAGAGAUCACCCUGAAAGGCUCGCUCUGCUCUUUGUGUCCAGCGUUUGUGUGGGGCUGAUCUUCACGCUGUGUGCCUUAGUGAUCUGCGUGCUGUGUCCCGGGGACAUCCGCAAACUGCACGGGAACAGGGAGCAGCUGGUGCCUCACAGUGCCAGAGCCCACAGGAGCACCGAACCACAGGAGGAGGAGGAGGAGGGGGAGGAUUCCUCCCUUUCGGACACCCAGGACGAGACAGACGGACUGUACAGACCUCCGUACUCAGGGUAUAACUCGGCAGAGGCAGCGGAGCUGGCCGAAAGGAUCGAGCGCAGGGAGCAGAUCAUACAGGAGAUCUGGAUGAACAGUGGCUUGGAUAUGACACCCCCUAGGAAUAUGAACACAUUUUAUAUUAAUGAACAAUAAAUGGCUUAUUUUGGAUGGCACUC